CAGCAUUUGAGAUAUCAAAGAAGCAACAUUGCAUUGUUAAUAUCGAACCGAUUAAUUCCUUCUUCUCCCGACAGUCUUAACAUUGGAAACUCUCUUUGUUGGUGUGGCGUGCGAAAUCCAGACCUCAAAGCAUUAAGCAUGGCUGCUGUUUCCAAUUCGCUGGCUCUUACAGGAUCUUCUCUGAUACCACCACAACAGUAUCUUGGGAGUGUGGCACCGACAAACUUUUCACUCACUUCAAAACGUAUUGGGAAAAUUCAACCUCCCAACUCCAAGAGGUCUAUCUCAGUUCAGGCUGCAUAUAGUGAUGGUGGUAGGUCAAACAGUUCGGGUAUCUUUGUUAGUGGCUUUGUUUUGGGAGGACUUAUAGUUGGCACAUUGGGCGCUGUCUAUGCACCUCAGAUCAGUAAAGCACUGGCUGGAGCUGACCGAAAGGAUCUGAUGAGAAAAUUGCCCAAGUUCAUAUAUGAUGAAGACAAAGCUUUGGAGAAAACACGAAAAAUACUGGCUGAGAAGAUAGCGCAGCUGAACUCUGCGAUUGAUGAUGUUUCUGGUCAACUCCGCUCAGAGGACGACCCAGAUGAAGUAUCUGUGAACUCAGAAUUUGAGGCUGUCGUAUGAGUCACUCUAAAUUUCUUGAAUUUUAGUGUUUCGAUAUCAAUAAUCAAUGUAGUAUUUCUUUUCUGUGGAAUCUCAAAGUUCUGGUUAAGUAAUUGCAGUUUGUACCCCAUGUGAUUCCAAAAUUGCUAAUAUUUGGACGACGCCAAAUAUAGGAUUUUUCUCCUUUUCUGCUGUA